AUGAUUUUUUACGACAUUACAGUAGUUGUUAAACCAACUCACGCCCCCUGGCCUACCCGGAAACGAGGUAUCCAAGGCUACGUUGGACAAGAUGAAAUGGCACCAAAAUCUUCCUUAAAGGUAAAUGCUACUGUCGAACAGACAUCUGAGGAGCGAUUAAGAAAAAUACGCAAUAUGUGUGUGAGACAUGAAUCAAUUCUGCAACGAAGGAAUUGGCACAUGAUAUUAGACGAUAAACUUCAAGUCGGAUUUUGCCCCAUUCAAAAGGUGGGGUCUACAUUCUGGCGACGAGUGUUAGAAUACACUGGAGGCCGGCGGAGUUAUACAUCUCUGUUUGCUGUGAAGUGGCAUGAUAUGAAGACUCCUCAUGUAGAGAAAUACGGGGACAGAGCACUGUCUCUCCUCGACAGUUCAAUCAAAUUCAUGUUUGUAAGAAAUCCAUACCAGCGCCUAUUUUCUGGCUGGGUUGACAAGCUUUUUUCACCCAAUCCCAUGUACUGGAAUAAGAUCGGACAACAUGUUAAACUGUUUUUGAAUAGAAAUGCCACAUCUGCUUGCGGUCAUGAUGCUUCCUUUGCGGAAUUUGUUAAAUAUUUCAUACACACACAACGCAUUCAAAUGAAAAGAGACCCGCAUUUUAUACCAAUGUACGAGCACUGCAGCCCGUGUCAUCACACUUUCGAUUUUAUCGGCACCAUGGAAACGUUCAGCACAGAUGCCGCGUAUUUGCUAAAAAUCAUCUCUAGUAGGUCAAAUGUCAAUAUUUCAAUAGAGGACAUCAAAGAUGCUGGUUAUGAUAGCUUGUUUGAUCACAAUAUGCGUUUGUACCGUUUCAAACAAAACAUUUUAAAAUGUGUAAGCUUCUACGAGGCUAUGCAACGAACAUGGCGGAACCUGCAAAUACGCGGGUAUCUUGGUAUAAACAUGAGUGUACCGUUCACACGGGAGGAAGCAGACACGGUGACAAAAGAGGAGUUCAUGUCCGCCCUAGUCACAGCUUACGAAUCCUCCGGCUCCAGGUCGUACCGUAGAUCUAACAGACGAGAGGCAUUGAUAGAAGCUUACGCUACUGUGAGUACAGCAGAUCUGGAAAAACUCCGCCGAAUAUUUAAACCUGAUUGGGCCUUGUUUGGGUACAAUGACAGACCUAUUGAAAUAUUCGAAUUGUCAAGACACUACAAAAGCUCACAUGGGUUUUUUGAAAUUUUAAAAUAA